AUGCCCGCUCAACAGAUCCUCCAGCCAAAUCCCCCCGCUGACCCCUCUCUCCUCCCGGACUCCAUCCUCGAGUAUGGUGUCAACCUCAACACCAAAGACUACCUUCCCAAGGAUGAGCUCGAAGCCGUCCAGCUUUUCCGCAAGGCUGCAGACUACAUCGCUGCAGCGAUGAUUUUCUUGAACGACAAUGUUCUCCUCGAGAAUGACAUCACCCAUGACAACAUCAAACCCCGUCUCCUGGGCCAUUGGGGUACCUGCCCUGGCCUUGUGAUGAUCUAUGCUCAUCUCAAUCGUAUUAUCCGUAAAACUGGCCUUGAUGCCCUCUAUGUCGUUGGCCCAGGACAUGGUGCACCUGCUAUCCUGUCUUGCCUCUGGCUCGAGGAUUCUCUUAGUACCUUCCUUCCUGAAUACACCCGUGACUAUUCCGGUCUCAAGAAGCUCAUCUCCCGCUUCAGUGCUCCCGGUGGCUUCCCAAGUCACAUCAACGCUGAAACCCCAGGAGCCAUCCACGAGGGUGGUGAGCUCGGAUAUGCCCUCAGCGUCUCCUUCGGUGCCAUUAUGGACAACCCGGACCUCGUUGUCGCCUGCAUCGUCGGUGACGGUGAAGCCGAGACUGGUCCUACUGCCACUGCAUGGCACGCCAUCAAGUACAUCGACCCCGCCGAGUCUGGCGCCGUCAUCCCCAUCCUCCACGUCAACGGCUUCAAAAUCUCAGAACGUACUAUUUUCGGUGUCAUGGACGAUAAGGAGAUCAUCGCUCUCUUCACUGGCUAUGGAUAUCAAGUUCGCAUCAUCUCAGAUCUGCCGAACCUCGACAACGAUAUUGCCGCGUCGAUGGAUUGGGCCCUCGUUGAGAUCAAGAAGAUCCAGCAGGCCGCUCGGAGCGGCAACCCCAUCGUCAAGCCCCGUUGGCCCAUGCUCGUCCUCCGCACGCCCAAGGGUCUCUCUGGCCCCAAGAUCGUCCACGGCGAGUUCGUCGAGGGUUCGUUCCAUGCCCACCAAGUCCCUCUCCCUCUGGCGAAGACCUCUGCGGAGGAGCUUCACGACCUCCAGGCCUGGUUGAGCUCGUACAAGCCCCAGGAACUCUUCUCCAAGGAGGGUAUUCCCAACGAUGCCAUCCUCAGCGUCGUACCAGAGGUCAACGCGAAGAAGCUCGGCCAACGCAAGGAGAGCUAUGCCGCCUACGUCCCACUUGUCACUCCUGAGUGGAAGGACCUCGGUGUCGCCAAGGGCACCCAAGAGAGCUGCAUGAAGACCGUCGGCAAGUUCCUCAAGGAGGUCGUCGUGCAGAACCCCAAGACCUUCCGUAUCUUCUCUCCUGAUGAGCUUGUCUCGAACAAGCUGGAUGCCGUCUUCGACGUCACCGGACGCGACUUCCAAUGGGAUAUUGCCAGUCGUGCACAGGGCGGACGCGUCGUCGAGAUUCUUUCCGAACACACCUGCCAAGGCAUGCUCCAAGGCUACACCCUCACAGGCCGCACAGGUCUCUUCCCCUCAUACGAGGCCUUCCUCGGCAUCGUGCACACCAUGAUGGUGCAGUACUCCAAGUUCACGAAGAUGGCCGUCGAGACGACGUGGCGCCAGCCGUGCGGGUCCCUGAAUUACAUCGAGACUUCAACGUGGACGCGCCAGGAGCACAACGGGUUCUCGCACCAGAACCCGUCGUUCAUCGGCGCUGUGCUCAACCUCAAGCCCCGCUUCGCGAGGGUGUACCUCCCGCCUGACGCCAACUGCUUCUUGUCAACGGUGUCGCAUUGCUUGCGGGCGAAGAAUUAUGUGAACUUGAUGGUGGGCAGCAAGCAACCCUCGCCGGUGUGGUUGACGCCCGAGGAGGCAGACCAGCAUUGCAUUGCUGGUGCGUCGGUGUGGAAGUUUGCGAGUGUCGACCAGGGUGUCGAUCCUGAUGUCGUCCUCGUUGGUAUUGGUGUAGAGAUGACCUUCGAAAUCAUCGCUGCUGCUGCCCUCCUUCGCAAGCUCGCCCCCGAGCUCCGCGUACGCGUCGUCAAUGUCACCGACCUCAUGAUCCUCGCCGAGACUGGGCAGCAUCCGCACUCGCUCACCGAGCUCGCCUUCAAGACGCUCUUCACCGAGGACCGUGCGAUCCACUUCAACUACCACGGGUACCCGAUUGAGCUCAAAGGACUGCUCUUUGGCCGGCCCAACCUCGGAAGGAUCACGAUCGAGGGCUACAAGGAGGAGGGCACGACGACGUCGCCGUUCGAUAUGAUGAUCAGUAAUAGCACGGAUCGGUUCAGUGCGGCGAUCCAUGCGAUCAAGGGAGGCGCGUUGGUGAACCCGAAGGUGGCGGUAUAUGCGCAUGAGAAGUGCAGCUAUUUGAAGCAUUUGAGGCAGAAGGAGAAGGAGUAUAUUUUGGCUAAUGGCAAAGAUCAUGAUGAUAUCUUCAACACCCCCAUCUUCGAGUAG